CAAACCUAAGAGGAAAAGCGGGCCUGGUCUCGGCCCCAUUCCUGUUCCCCACCUGUCUCUACCCUUUUCUUCCCUUUCCCUGGCCCUGCCAGACUCUGUCUCCCUGGGUGCCCGCCUCCCCUCCCCUGGAGGGCGGGGCUUGGCUGCACCCACGUGUGUUGGAGUUAUAUGCUCCCAGCCGGCAGAGGAGCUGGGGAGAGUGGCACCCAGCUGGUGGCUCAGGCAGCGAAGCAGCACCAUGGCCGGCAAGAAAGUCUGCAUUGUAGGCUCUGGUAACUGGGGCUCAGCCAUCGCCAAGAUUGUGGGUGGCAAUGCAGCCCAGCUGGCACGCUUUGACCCACGGGUGAUCAUGUGGGUGUUUGAGGAAGACGUCGGGGGCAGAAAGCUGACAGAGGUCAUCAACACACAGCAUGAGAAUGUCAAAUACCUGCCAGGGCACAAGUUGCCCCCCAAUGUGGUGGCUGUCCCAGAUGUGGUCCAGGCUGCAGUGGAUGCUGACAUCCUGAUCUUCGUGGUACCCCAUCAGUUCAUUGGCAAGAUCUGUGAUCAGCUCAAGGGCCACCUGAAGGCAGAUGCCAUUGGCAUAUCUCUUAUUAAGGGGGUAGACGAGGGCCCCAACGGGCUGAAGCUCAUCUCUGAAGUGAUUGGGGAGCGCCUUGGCAUCCCCAUGAGCGUGCUGAUGGGGGCCAACAUUGCCAGCGAGGUGGCUGAUGAGAAGUUCUGUGAGACAACCAUUGGCUGCAAGGACCUGGCCCAGGGACAGCUUCUGAAAGAGCUGAUGCAGACACCCAAUUUCCGCAUCACGGUGGUGCAAGAGGUGGACACAGUAGAGAUCUGUGGGGCCUUAAAGAAUAUAGUGGCCGUGGGGGCUGGCUUCUGUGAUGGGCUGGGCUUUGGCGACAACACCAAGGCGGCCGUGAUCCGACUGGGGCUCAUGGAGAUGAUCGCCUUCACCAAGCUCUUCUGCAGUGGCCCUGUGUCCUCUGCCACCUUCUUGGAGAGCUGUGGUGUUGCUGAUCUCAUCACUACCUGCUACGGAGGGCGGAACCGCAAGGUGGCCGAGGCCUUCGCCCGCACUGGAAAGUCCAUUGAGCAGCUGGAGAAAGAGAUGCUGAAUGGGCAGAAGCUGCAGGGGCCCCAGACAGCCCGGGAGCUACACAGCAUCCUCCAGAACAAGGGCCUGCUGGACAAGUUCCCUCUGUUCAUGGCUGUGUACAAGGUAUGCUACGAGAACCAGCCAGUAGGUGAAUUCAUCCGCUGCCUGCAGAAUCAUCCAGAACAUAUGUGAGCAGGGCUGGGGCCCAGGCCAGGCAGCCUCUUUACCCCAACGGAGACAGGCAGAAGCUUGGGGUGCCUGGCCACCACGAUCUCUGGGACUCCCCACACAGCAGCAUCUUCUCAGCUUUUCACUGGAGGACAGGUGCCUGUGGGCCCGGCCACCUGCCUGGACAUCCUGAAGCACAAGCAGCCCGCAGCCUCCUGCCACCACAUCGCACCAGAAAUGCAGUUGCCUAGUCCCUCUCCAUAUGUGGGGCUUUCUCCCUGUCCUCCUCCCAGAGGAGGGGUAGAAUCAGCCCCAGUGCUGCCUGCUUUGGGUAUGUGGGGGGAGGAGGGGAGGGGAGGGAGGCAAGGCAAGGGCUGCUUACUGCUGCCUCACACAGACCAGGACUCCUGUCCCCAAGCCCAGUUAACGGCUAAAGAAGUACCUCAGCUGCAAGAGGGAUGAGGCAAGGGCUGCAGGGAGGGGUCUGGGCUUUCGGGCUGACAUAGACCUCUGCCAGGCCCCACAUGGCAUCAAUGGAUCUCAGUGUUUGUUCGCAAAAUACAAAGAUCUCAAACAACCCCCUUCUAGCUUCUCCUAGCAACAUCUGCAUCCUCAGAAACCUCUGGUCAUCCCCUUUCCCCCUCCCCCAGGCUGCCUGGCACCAGAGUUGCUGCCACGCUGGCAUCUCUGGCCACGGGGCUUGUCAUUCUCUCUUGGGACGUCCCAGUUCCUAGUUCUUUGCCAGCUCCUCCCCACCAUGUGUGACCUUUCCAAGCCUCUCUCACCCUCCCUGCCAGCACCCUCACUGGGGAGCAGAACUUAAUCUGCUGACAGAGCUACACCUCUUCAUAGCAGGCUCAGAUCACUCUACUCCCUGUGACCUUUGUAACUGCCCUGCCUCCCUUCUCAGGAGCUCUAGUGGGGGGAGGUGUCAGCUGGGUUCCUCCUGCUGCUAUCUCCCCAGGACAUCUUGGAUCCACCCGUUACCUCCUAAACCCUGUCCCUAAUUCUCAGCUACCCCCAGAGCAGCCAAGGCAGCUAACCAGUUCCUGUAUCUGGAAGCCAGGUGGCCAGAGAGUGGGUAAGGAAGGAUGAGCAGGUCCCCAUCUCUGUGGUCUGAAUUCCAAGGCCGGCUCUCCUUUGUCACCUGAAGGCCUUCUCAUGAGGUAUUGACUACUUCAGCGCCUCAGGAGCUGGGAAACUCGUGGAGGAGGAAAAAAAUUCAAGCCUCCCUCCCCGCUGGGGUGAGGGAAGAACAGCAAGGGGAGGAGGGAGAGGAGUGUGCCUUGCAGUGGCCUGGCUCCAGGGUGGAAUGGCAGCCGGAGAAUGUCACAGGUCAGCAGCUUGGACCCCUGGCUAUAAAUAGAGGCCGAGGGCUCCUGUCACAUCCAGCAGAGGGUCUCAGCUUCCUGUGUGGCAGCGUCUGGCACGCUGUGGCUCUGGCCAGCAUUAUGUUAACCCUCCCUUACUCCUGGACAAACCAGGGAGGCACGCUCCUCUCAGCCCCUCGCCCUUGAGAAGUCAGUCUUACCAAUGAAGGGCAGAGCUGCCUGGAUCUGCGAGCAGCGAGCGUGAGGGGCACAGUCACCCUAGAUCUGGCUGGGCCCAGGUUUGGGCGCUGACUGGAUCCAGAGCUGCUUCCCCAGGAGGUCAAAGUCAGGGCAGAAAGACAGCUCUCUUCCCUAGGCUGCAGCUGCGACCCUCUUAGAUAGUCAAAAACCUUUGCCUACUUUUGCUCACUCCACAAUUAACUGAAUCUGAAGCUUGCGAACCAGGCCUACUUGUCUACCCAAUAAAGCGUGUUUUUUGCA